AUGAUAGAAAUAAGUUAUCCUAGUAUUGAACGUCCAUUUGGUAUUUACUUAUGGCCAAUUUUCAACAAAAUCUUUGAAUUAAUCAUUGGAUAUCCAGCUGAAGAAUUUGAAUUUGUUUAUCAUAAAACUUUCUUAGCAAAUGGAUAUCAUGCUAUUGGUAUUAUAAUCGCCUAUUACAUUAUUAUCUUCGGAGGAAGAUUCUUAAUGUCAACAUUUAAAGUUCCUGCUUUGAAAUUGAAUUUCUUGUUUCAAUUGCAUAAUAUUGUAUUGACUGGUUUAUCACUUGGAUUAUUAUUGUUAUGUAUUGAACAAUUAGUUCCUAUUUUAUAUCAUCAUGGUGUUUUCUAUGCUAUUUGUCAUAGGAAUGCUUUUGCUCCAAAAUUAGUUACAUUAUAUUAUUUGAAUUAUUUGACUAAAUAUUUGGAAUUAAUCGAUACUGUAUUCUUAGUGUUGAAGAAAAAGAAGUUAUUAUUUUUACAUACUUAUCAUCAUGGUGCUACUGCAUUAUUAUGUUAUACUCAAUUAACUGGUUCUACAUCAGUUGAAUGGGUUCCAAUUACUUUGAAUUUAGCAGUACAUGUUGUUAUGUAUUGGUAUUAUUUCUUAAGUGCAAGAGGUAUUAGAGUAUGGUGGAAAGAAUGGGUUACUAGAUUCCAAAUUAUUCAAUUCUUAAUUGAUUUAGUAUUUGUUUAUUUUGCAACUUAUACUCAUUAUGUUUAUAAAUAUUUCCCAUGGUUACCUCAUAUGGGAGAUUGUUAUGGUAGUGAAUUAGCUGCCGCUUAUGGAUAUUUGAUCUUGACUAGUUACUUGUUAUUGUUUAUCAGUUUCUAUAUUAAGGUGUAUAAGAGUGGUGAUAAGAAGAAGAAGGCUGCUGCUGCAGCUGCCGCUGCUGCUAAGAAGGAAGGUACCACAUCUGCUAGUUCCACAGCGGUUGAAAAUGGUUCUUCUCAAGUCAAAUCUAGAAAGGCUUAG